AUGGCGGCUCUGUUGGCCCAACCUUCGGCAAGUCUUGGAGAUUUGCUGAGGCUUUUCGAUCUGUUGCCGCAUGAGCCGGCUCCUGCUGCUGGACGUGCCCUGGCCCUGGCGGGGGGUUUUUCCUUUGGUUCCGGUGCCUGGGUGCAUGGGAACCAAGUUGGCUUGCGCAACAACACUUUUUCUUUCCCGUUAAGCACUCGUGUUUUCACGCGGCAUGUUGCGCGUCAUGGCCCAGCACAUUUUCAAUUUUCUUCCAUUGUGGUUCUUGACAAUGUUUGCACAGUGGCUCACCGUGAUAGCCACAACGACCCUUCCUCUCAGAAUGCGGUGUUUGGCCUCUCUGACUUCUCAGGCGGCGAGGUCUGGGUGCAACGCGAUGGUGGCCUCACCCCUUUUGUUGCAAACGGCAAGUCGCUGUUAGGCGAUGCUCUCCCCACCCGUCCCGGCCCAGCAAUCUUUGCAGCUCGGCACAAUUUGCAUGCGACUUUGCCUUGGUCGGGGCGACGUGUUGUCUUGGUGGCAUAUACGACCACUCAGCUGGACCGGCUGCUGCCUGACUCCAAAUUUUUUGCUAGUGGGCUGGGCUUUGUUUUCACUGCUCAGCCUGCUGUUCCUGCGCAGGCGCCGCCGCCAGUCCUGAGCUCAGCUCCUACGUUGCCCGCUGCUGUGCCUGGGCAGGCUUCUGCAGUUGAGAUUUUCAGUGGCACUGCCGUGCUCUCGCGGGCUCUCUUUGCCCAAGGCUUCUCAACCUUUUCAGUGGACCACCGGCCCCGUGCUGCACUUAUGCCCACUGCACGCCUGGACCUGUGCGAUCCAGCCCAACAGCAGCUGCUUCUGGAUCGUCUCUGCGCCACUCUGCCUUCGGCUCUGCAUCUGGCCCCGCCGUGUGGCGCUGCAAGUCGGGCCCGUGAAAAGCCCCUAGCCGCUUCCUUAAAAGCUCGUGGUGUCCGUGAGCCGCAACCACUACGCUCAGGUCUUCACCCUUUCGGUUUACCUACGUUGGCCGAGGGCAGUUCGGACGAGACUCGUGUUCGCCAGGCCAACAAGUUGUAUGCUUUCUGUUUCAAGCUUGUGUGCUGGGCCCUGGAUCGCUCUGUCGCCUUCACUCUCGAAAAUCCUGCCGGGAGCCAUUUCUGGGCUGUCUUCGCAGCCCUUGCCCGUGCGGACGCAAAGGCCUCCUGGCACAAGCACACCGAUCUAUGCUUUCAGGUCACUUUUGAUCACUGUAUGUAUGGUGGCACGCGGCCCAAAUCCACUCGACUGCUGACGAACUGCCCAGACAUGGCUGACCUCACAGCCCGCUGCGACAAAGGCCAUUCCCAUGCCCCGUGGUCUGCUUGCUACUCUUCGAGCGGCUGGGUCUUUGCCACUCAUUUGGAGGCUGCCUACCCCGUAUGCCUUGCCGAAGCCAUUGCCUCCCGUUUUCGCGCCCAUGCUGAGCGAAACGGUGCUAUCUUUAAGCCUAGACCGGACAUGCAGCAGGCCUCCCUUGCCGUUCAAGGUCUGCAGCAUCGCAAAGCUGCAGCUUUGCUUUCUGAGUUUGCGUAUGUCCCUGAUGUGCCCCGCUCGCAAGUGGACCCUGCUGCCAUGAAGGUUCUUACGGAUGCUACCCUCCAGGCCAUCAAGACCAACUUGACGACCGUAGAAGAGCAAGCCCUGCAUCGCUCCAAGCCCGACUGGAUGCAGGAGAUUUUGCGAGGCAAGCGGAUCUUGCUCUUCAGACACCUCUUGCAGCAGCACGGCUACGACGACAUGGAGGUAGUCGACCUGCUCAGCGAUGGCUCUCACCUGGUGGGUGCUUCUCCCAAGCCUGCAUGCUUCGAAGCGAGACUUAGGUUAGCUAAGAUGACUCCGGAGUGUUUGAGGGAAGCUGCUCCAGACCUCCGAGCGGCGAUCGUUGCAAACCCCAGGAAGGUCAGCUCGGACGAGGCGGCGGCCCUUAAGCAGGUCACAGAAGAGGAGUGCAGGGCCGGCUUCCUGUCAGGCCCUUUUGCCACGGAAGAGGAAGUAACGCGCCACCUGGGCACCUCUCAAUGGCUUGCCGUGAGGUUGCAAGACAGCAAUUACUUUGCAGCGAUGGCAAUGGCUAUCGCAAAGAUGGAGAAGGACUUAGGCGUAAGCAUUCCUUGGGUGGCGAAGUGCCUAGACCUAUCCAAAGCUUACAAGCAGUUUUGUGUGAGCGAGCGGGACAGGAGUCUUUCGGUCAUUGUCAUUUUCGAUGAGGCGGGGGUGCCCACUUGGUACGUGGCCAACUCCCUUAUCUUUGGUGCAGCCGCAAGCGUCUUCAGUUUCAAUCGCAUAAGCAGGGCAAUCCACUUCUUGUUCACCCGAGCUCUGAAUGUGGUCUGCUCUUACUUUUAUGACGACUACCCGCUGCUUGCGAGGGCUGACACGGCCGAGGCAACGGACUUUGCAUGCGGGAAGCUUCUUGACCUGUUGGGGAUCAAGUUCGCUAGAACGGGGGGCGACUCGAAGGGCAAGCCCUUUGACAAGGUGUUUGAGGUGCUCGGGCUGAGCGUGUCGGUCGCCGAACUGCAUCGGGGCUCGCUGGUUUUGGCUAACAAGCCCGGCCGUCUCGAGAGGCUUGUGGAGCUUUUUGGCCAAGUGAAAUCAGACGGGGCCAUCACCAAACACAUGGGUCAGGUUCUGGUAGGCUUGCUGCGGUUCGCCGCAGGCUCUUGCACAGGCAUGUCGCUCAAGCAUGUUUGCGCCGACUUGAACAGGAUGAUUCAUGCAGAGGCUUUCCCAUCUUCCACAGAGUUUGCCAGGCUCUGCGACAAAGCUUUGAAGUUCCUUGGCGUGUCAAAGCCAAGGGUGGUUUGCGUCUCCGACCGCAAGGACGUCGUUCAUGUUUACACUGACGGCUCCCUUGAGGAUGGCCUGGCAGGCAUCGGCGCUGUGAUCUUGGACCCGUCCACGGGUUUCCAGCAGGUCCUGCAAGGUCAGGUCCCCAAGGCACUCAUGCACGCCUGGCGCCUCGAAUCCGGCGAUCACCUGAUCUGUCAGAUCGAGCUUUUCGCAGUGUACUGUGUGAAGGUGCUCAUGCCUGCUAGGCUUGAAGGCCGUCGUGUCAUCUACUGGGUAGACAAUGAGGCAUCCCGCUUAGCUCUGGUCAAAGGGCAAAGCAAAUCGCCAAUCAUGGACCGCAUGCUGCGUGCACUGUGUGACAUAGAGGACGGCAUGCACUCUUAUGCUUGGUACUCUCGAGUACCCUCGCAGUCGAACAUCGCGGACAGUCCAUCUCGGGGCGCAGGUGACGAGGUGGCAAAGGCAUUAGGCCUUAAAACAGCUGAGAAGUUUCCAGAGACGAUUCCCUGGCAGCACUUGUUGAGGGGGUGA